GAUUCGAUGGAGACUAUGGGAAGAAAAUGACACCCAGCCGGCUCCGUACCCUUUGUGAAGUCGAAUGGCCUUCAAUGGGAGUUGGCUGGCCACCAGAGGGAACUAUGGACUUAAAUCUCAUAAAGGCAGUCUAUGCUAUAGUUACGGGAAAGCCCAGACACCCUGAUCAGUUCCCGUACAUAGACUCUUGGCUGGGAAUAGCCCAAGACCCCCCCAAAUGGGCCCGUUUUUAUGCUCAUGGCGGGGAAGGAAAAAUCUUGAUGGCCCAAAAGAUAACCAAGGAUGAGAAGGAAAUUUUACAGGACCCUGAAGGAGAUGAGCUUCCCCCACCGCCGUAUUGGAUGAUGGUUCCGCCAGCUAGUAACACCGUGGCCACCGGAGGAAACAGCCAGAGACCGCACCUGCAUCACAACCCAUCUUUGCCUUUGAAUGGGAGGACCCCAUCAGAGGCAAUAAGCAGCAGCUCACCUGGACUCGCCUCCCGCAAGGAUUCAAAAACGCGCCAACCAUCUUUGGAGAAGCCUUGGCCUCGGACCUGGAACCUUUCCAGCCUGAAAGGUAUGGAUGUUGGCUCCUGCAAUAUGUGGACGACCUGUUGCUGGCCGCUGAGACCUGGGAAGAAUGCUGGGAAGGGACCCAGCGCUCCUCCAAUUGCUGGCAGAAGCGGGAUACCGAGUGUCCAGGAAAAAGGCACAAAUCUGCAAGGAGGAGUUAAAGUUGCAGGCAUUGCCCCUUGGAUCCAUCACACCAGAGCGAAGAAGGCAUACAACACUGACCCGGAAGACGCUGAGUGGACCACCCAGAAGGACCCCACCGACCCACGGGGAACCAAGAUCAUUCUGAAGAGGAAGAAGAGAACGAGAUCCCGGACGAGCCCUCUACAGGAUGGAGCUGGGUAAACGACUCCUGCU